CAUUGUCAAUCAGCACUGACCAAUAAAUAGCUCCCUUCCACACCCCUUGCAUUGUCAAGAUAGCACCAACCGAAGCUGCUGUCUUUGUCUCUCUGCAUCCUUUCUCUGUUUGUGUGGGUUUGCGUGAGGAAGACAUGGCUAGGGGCAAUUGUUACAGGGAUGUGCUGCCAUUCACGGCCUUGGUGACCAUGGAGUGCACCAACGUGGGCUUAAACACACUCUUCAAGGCGGCCACUUCGAAAGGGAUGAGCUACCAUGUCUUUGUUGUCUACGCUUAUGCCAUUGCUGCUAUUGUCCUCCUUCCCGCACCCUUUCUCUCUCUAAGAUCAAGAGUGCUUCCUCCACUUAGUUUUUCCAUACUGUCCAAAAUUGGUCUGCUUGGGCUCAUAGGGAGUUCAUCUCAGAUCAUGGGGUAUACAGGCAUCAAUUUCAGCUCUCCAACACUUGCUUCAGCCAUCAGCAACCUGGUGCCAGCUUUCACCUUCAUACUGGCCAUCCUUUUCAGGAUGGAAAAGAUAGAUUUGAGAGGCACGAGCAGUUUGGCUAAAAUCUUGGGCACCAUAGUUUCAAUAGCAGGUGCAUUUGUAGUGACCCUCUACAGAGGCCCGCCGAUCGUCAUCGCUCAACCAUUAUCCGUUUCACUUCAUCAACCUCUAAACUCGUUAAAAUCAGAUUGGGUAAUUGGUGGCCUUCUACUCACAGCUGAAUAUAUUUUGCUUCCACUAUGGUAUAUUGUCCAGACACAAAUCAUGAAGGAGUACCCGAAUGAACUGACAGUGAUAUUCUUUUACAAUCUAUUUGUGAGCCUCACUGCCGCAGUCGUAGGUUUAAUUACAGAGAGAAAUUCUAGUGCUUGGAGAUUGGGGCCGAACAUUGGCUUGGUCUCGGUUGUGUGCUCGGGCCUCCUCGGGUCAUGCCUGAACAAUACAGUUCAUGCAUGGGCGUUGCAUUUGAAGGGGCCUGUCUAUGUAGGGAUGUUCAAGCCCUUGUCGAUUGCCAUUGCUGUUGCCAUGGGUGUUAUGUUCCUUGGUGAUAGUCUCCAUCUUGGCAGUCUUGUUGGAGCAACAAUAAUAUCUAUCGGCUUCUACACUGUGAUGUGGGGUAAAGCAAAAGAAGAGAUAGGUGAAGACUAUGGAGUCGAUAGCCUGGAAUCACCAUCUACGACCCAAAAGGUCCCUCUAUUGCAGAGCUUCAAAACUGAAAGUGAUAAAGGGCAAAUGUAGGCGAUUGUAUAAAAGCAUGUUACAAAUUGUUACAUUGAAUCGAAUCAUAUGAACAGUACUUGUGGUUAGAAUAUCACUUUCUCUCUGCCAAAA